AGAGGCUGAGCAGGUGAAGGGCCUGUUGGUUUAGGGACUUGAUGCACGUGGGCCACGCCAAGGCCGCGGCUGCCCCCGCUGCCCAGCAGCAUCAGCAGAACAAAAGGAUGUGGGUGAGCCCCAGGGGUCUGUCCCAGCCUCGGCCUGUCGAGCCGCACCGCCCCUUCACUACUCUGAGAGUGAGCGCAGCGUGGGAACAGCCCGUGGGCUGGGAGCGCUGACCGCACAGCCGGGUCCAGGCAGACCUCUAGCAGCGGACGCUGCAGGACCGGGGCGGGGCGGGGGCUGGCGCUGGGGCCGCGCCCUCCGGCCACUCCCCGGGGAGAGCGGGCAGCGGCGGGGCAGCUACUAAGCAGCUCCCCCACGCGCUGCGCUCCUGCCCUGCCGCUGGUGCCUCCGCGGCCCAUGUCCUCGGUGUUGCUGCGCUCGCCCCCCGUGAGGCCCGCGAAGAUGAAAAAAGAGGAGUCGUUCUUGGGCAAGCUGGGCGGUACGCUGGCGAGGAAGAAGAAGGCCAGGGAGGUGAGUGACCUGCAGGAGGAAGGCAAAAAUGCCAUCAACUCACCCAUGUCCCCUGCCUCGGUGGACCUGCACCCUGAGGACACCCUGCUAGAGGAGAACGAGGAGCGGACGAUGAUCGACCCCACCUCCAAGGAUGACCCCAAGUUCAAGGAGCUGGUCAAGGUCCUCAUCGACUGGGUCAACGACGUGCUGGUGGAGGAGCGCAUCAUCGUGAAGCAGCUGGAGGAGGACCUUUACGAUGGCCAGGUGCUGCAGAAGCUCUUGGAAAAGCUGGCGGGCUGCAAGCUGAACGUGGCCGAGGUCACACAGUCGGAAAUCGGGCAGAAGCAGAAGCUGCACACGGUGCUGGAGGCCGUGCAGGACCUGCUGCGGCCCCACGGCUGGGUGCCCCAGUGGACUGUGGACGCAAUUCACGGGAAGAACCUGGUGGCCAUCCUCCACCUCCUCGUCUCGCUGGCCACGCACUUCCGGGCCCCGAUCCGCCUCCCCGAACACGUGUCCGUGCAGGUGGUGGUCGUGCGGAAGCGGGAAGGCCUGCUGCAUUCCAGCCACGUCACGGAGGAGCUGACCACGACCACCGAGGCGAUGAUGGGUCGGUUUGAGCGGGACGCCUUUGACACCCUGUUCGACCACGCCCCGGACAAGCUCAACGUGGUGAAGAAGUCCCUCAUCACGUUUGUGAACAAGCACCUGAACAAGCUGAACUUGGAGGUGACGGAACUGGAGACCCAGUUUGCAGAUGGCGUGUACCUGGUUCUGCUGAUGGGCCUGCUGGAGGACUACUUCGUCCCCCUGCACAACUUCUACCUGACCCCGGACAGCUUCGACCAGAAGGUCCACAACGUGUCCUUCGCCUUUGAGCUGAUGCUGGACGGAGGGCUCAAGAAACCCAAGGCGCGGCCAGAAGACGUGGUGAACCUGGACCUCAAAUCCACCCUGCGGGUUCUCUACAACCUGUUCACCAAGUACAAGAACAUGGAGUGACCUCGGCGGGGACACCCCUGUAGGAAGGGGCUCUGGCUUCCCCACCCGCCUGCAGUUAUAACCCCCCCCCCUUCUCUGGUUGAUCUCCUUUCCGCGUGAUUUGAAUGCAGGGCCCCCAGCACUGGGCUCCGUGCUGGGGUGAGAGGCCCCCUUCGCCAGGGGCUCCUCCGGGAGCUGAGUCAGAGGUUGUUGGCUUGGAUCAAACAACGAAAAGGGAAAAAGCCAGUAAAGCCGGAGCCAAACCCUCAGGCCCCCGGAGGGGCACCCUGCGUCCCUUUGGAUGGUGCUGUUGGGGCCGGAGCAGCCCGCGGGUCUGGCGGCCCCUCCCAGGCGGGCUGGCCUCCUAAGAAGGCCUUUCUGGUGCGAAGCGCUUUUGCCGUGGCAGGACCGUCCCCCACGUCCCUCACGUCCCUCCUCCCCUGUCGCCCCCUGUUGUUUUCCCUUCGUCGGUGCCCAACAUCUAAGACCCAGAUGACCUGGCUGCCACCUGCCGGGGCGGCACGGAAGGUCCGUGUUUCUUCCCGAGGGCUGGGCUGGGUGGGAGCCGGCCGUGGAAGUGUCCCAUGUCACCUCACCACCCAGGUGGUUACCUCAGGCUGACGGACUGCGUGAGGCCAUGAUUCCAGCAGAGGGUGUGGCCUUUAUGCAAAUUAUUUGUGUCCCGGUUGGCGCAAAGGUGAGGGUGUGUCUUCCGAACACCCCACGGGACCCCCUAGGGCUGUGCGAGGCUCAUUUCCCUUUUCCCACGUCCCAGCGUGGGUCAGCGUCCACCGCGGGGCCUGGGCGGGGGCCAGACUCAGGGUGGGGGGAACUCUGCUGUGGGGACUGAGCCUUCUGCAUGAAUAACCCAUCGUCCCCAUGGGUUUGGGGACAGUAGUGGUCUGGCCGUGAGUUCUGGGUCAGGGAAGCGGGACAUCUUCUUGGGAUAGCAGAAAAACUUUCCUUAAUUCUGGAAAGUUCUGGGAUGCAUAUCUUCAGGGACCUGAGUGUUUUUGGAGAGGGACCCCGGUCCGCAGGGACUCAGUGGGAGCCGGGUGAGCCUCCACAGGGCCGAGGGUGCAGUUCCUGUCUGUGUCCUCCUCUGUGGGUUUGCCUGUGACCGCCCCCACUGGCCUCGGGGCGCCCACCUGAGGCACAGUCUCCCCCGGAACAACCACAGCACCGAAUCAGCGCACAGCACACGUGUCCCGAUUGGGUGUGACACGGAGCUCCGUUGUGUCAAAGCCACCGAGCCCUGUUGCACUCCCGGGUGCGCCAGCCUGCCGUUGUCUUCUGAAUCGUGUUAAGCCAUGUUUACUUUGGAUUUCUGGAUAUUAAAUAAAAGCCACUCAAACCCUG